AUGAGUGAAGGUAUGCAUCAUGCUGAAUACAGUUCAUUUAGUUCUCAAGAUCGUGAAGAAGUGUUACAGACAUUGAUUGAUUCCUAUUCUGCAUUAUCUACUGACCAAGAUAAUUGGAUCUGUAAUCUAUCUAAUGCAUCAUCUUUAUUAUGGCAUGCUUAUAGAUCAUUGAAUGUCAAUGUCAAUUGGACAGGUUUUUAUGUUACAAAUGUUGAAGAUAAAGAAUUGAUUUUAGGACCUUUUCAAGGUAAAGUUGCAUGUCAGUUGAUUGCAUUUGGCAGAGGUGUGUGUGGUGCAGCAGCAGAAAGCCAAGAAACUCAGUUGGUGAAGGAUGUUAAUAAGUUUCCUGGUCAUAUAGCAUGUGACGGUGAAACCAAGAGUGAAAUUGUAGUGCCAAUUGUUAAUGAACAAGGCAAGACACUGGGUGUUAUUGAUUUAGAUUGUCUGGAUUAUGAAGGUUUUGGUGAAGUCGACAAGAAAUAUUUAGAAGAAUUGAGUAGACUAAUUGUUAAGACAUGCAAAUUUUAA